UGUGGAUUCCGCUUGCAUUCAGUAUGCAAACACACAGAGUGAGCUCAGAGAAUGGUGUCCCCUGGUGGACAGUGUUGCCAGUGAUUAUGAAGAGUCGAAAUACGAAUGUCUUUCAAGGAGACGAGAGGACGCGGACAUUGGCAUAGUACAGGACAAGUAGGACACGAAUCAGACAAGUGAAAACUAUUUCAGUGAGAGCCAGGCAGUUGAGGCUACACCAUGGAGUUCAGCAGGAUAGAGUUCUUCCAGGAGCUAGGGGAGAGCUGUGUGCUCCCUACGGCACAGCAGGGAGUGGAACAGGUCUGGCAGCUACUGCUCCUCUGCCUGCUCUGUCGACUCCUCUGUAGGCUGGUAGGUCUCUCAUCCUCUGUGAAACACUUGGGCUCAGUGUCAGCGGGUCUAUAUGCCCUCUACCUGUUCUUUGAGCAGUCCAUGGUGUGGGUGUUAAUGCUCAGUAUGCUCUGCUACACGGUCCUGUUCCUCAACCGCCACUCCAGCAGCCGAGGAAUCUUCCUCUCUGCCACUAUCCUCAUCUAUCUACUCAUGGGAGAGCUGCAUAUGAUUGACACAGUGACCUGGCAUAAAAUGAGAGGUUCCCAGAUGGUGGUGGCAAUGAAGGCCAUUUCUCUGGCCUUUGACCUGGACAGAGGCACUGUGCUCGCUGUGCCCAACCCUCUGGAGUUCACAGGCUACAUUCUCUUUGUGGGCACUGUCAUCUUUGGACCCUGGAUUAGCUACUCAAGCUACAAAGAGGCCAUUGAGAGCCGUAAACUAAGUUGGUCCUGGCUCCAGAAGUUUUCAAUCAGCUGGGUGAAAUGCCAGGUAUGCUUGGUGAUAUCCAACUGCAUCGCCCCAUACCUCUUCCCUUACUUCAUUCCAAUCCACGGGAGCAGAGGACUGCGCACGUGGCUCCAUGCGUAUGAGAAUGCUGUAUCCUUCCACUUCAGUAACUACUUUGUGGGCCACCUCAGCGAAAGUACUACUGUGCUGGCAGGGGCAGGUUUCACUGAAGACAAAGACAAUGUCAAAUGGGAUCUGAAAGUGGUUAAGCCUCUGAAUGUGGAGUUGCCCAGGUCCAUGGUGCUGGUGGUGACCUCCUGGAACAUCCCCAUGUCUCGCUGGCUCAACAUAUAUGUUUUCAAAAGUGCUUUGAAACUUGGCACAUUUUCUUCCAUCAUUGUGACUUACACAGCCAGUGCCCUACUACAUGGCCUCAGCUUCCAUCUUGGGGCCGUGCUGCUGUCUCUGGGCUUCAUCACCUACGUGGAACAUGUUCUGAGGAAGAGGCUGGCAGCCAUCUUUAGUGCCUGUAUCCUGUCCAAACAGUGUCCCAACAAUUGCCAUCAUCAGCAGAAGAAGGAGCUGUGGGUGUAUGGCAUCAACCUGGCCUUCAGUGCCAUGGCCAUCUUCCACCUGACAUACCUGGGCUCCCUGUUUGAUGCUGAAGUAGACAACUUGGCUGCAGAGGAGGGUUAUGUGGCCAACCACACCAUUCAGAAGUGGUCAGAGUUGAACUGGGCCAGCCACUGGCUGGUGUUCGGCAGCUGGCUCUUCUACCGCCUCAUUCAGUAAUCUCAUUUGGUGAAGGUCUGUACU